CCUCUGGAUUCCUCACAGCGCGCUCCCUCCUUUCCACACAGUGAACAGUGCUUUGGGAUGCUAAGGACAGGGCUCCCUGUGCUUCAAAGGUGGGAGGGGGACGCAAGUAGAGGAGACUAUCAGACGCUCAGCCGUUCCCUUCUGGCUGACGCUCUUCUCCGGUUCCGCCAGGGCUGGUCUGUGUAAGAAACUGACGGAGCUGAGGCAGCUGGGAGAGGAAGAGGCUGGGGAUCCUGAAACCCAAAAAGUCUUGGUGCUCUCAGUUACUGCCCGCAUCGAGUCCGCAGCAGGUCUUCAGCACCAUGGACAGCCGCAUCGGCUCUGGGAACACCAGCGACUGUUCUGACCCCUUGGCUCCAGGGAGUUGCUCCCCAGCACCUGCCUCCUGGCUCAACUCGUCCCAUGUAGAUGGCAACCAAUCCGACCUAUGUGGUCUGAACCGCACCGGGCUUGGCGGGAGCGACAGCCGGUGUUCUUCGUCUGGCAGUCCUUCUAUGGUCACAGCCAUCACCAUUAUGGCCCUCUACUCUAUCGUGUGCGUAGUGGGCCUCUUUGGAAACUUCCUGGUCAUGUAUGUGAUUGUCAGAUACACCAAGAUGAAGACUGCCACCAACAUCUACAUCUUCAACCUUGCUCUGGCAGAUGCCUUGGCAACCAGUACACUGCCCUUUCAGAGUGUCAACUACCUGAUGGGAACGUGGCCCUUCGGAACCAUCCUCUGCAAGAUUGUCAUCUCGAUAGAUUACUACAACAUGUUCACCAGCAUAUUCACCCUCUGCACCAUGAGCGUGGACCGCUAUAUUGCUGUCUGCCACCCGGUCAAGGCCCUGGAUUUCCGUACCCCCCGAAACGCCAAAAUUGUCAAUGUCUGCAACUGGCUCCUCUCUUCUGCCAUUGGUCUGCCUGUCAUGUUCAUGGCAACCACAAAAUACAGGCAUGGAUCCAUCGAUUGCACCCUCACAUUCUCGCAUCCCACCUGGUACUGGGAGAACCUGCUCAAAAUCUGCGUGUUCAUCUUCGCCUUCAUCAUGCCGGUCCUCAUCAUCACCGUGUGCUACGGACUGAUGAUCUUACGGCUCAAGAGCGUGCGCAUGCUGUCGGGUUCCAAGGAAAAGGACAGGAACCUGCGCAGGAUCACCAGGAUGGUGCUGGUAGUCGUGGCCGUGUUUAUUGUCUGCUGGACCCCCAUCCACAUCUACGUCAUCAUCAAAGCCCUGAUCACGAUUCCAGAGACCACCUUCCAGACGGUUUCCUGGCACUUCUGCAUCGCCCUGGGUUACACCAACAGCUGCCUGAACCCUGUUCUUUAUGCAUUCCUGGAUGAAAACUUCAAGCGCUGCUUUAGAGAAUUCUGCAUCCCAACCUCCUCAACGAUCGAACAGCAGAACUCCACUCGAGCCCGUCAGAACACUAGAGACCACCCCUCCACGGCUAACACAGUGGAUCGAACUAACCAUCAGCUGGAAAACCUGGAAGCAGAAACUUCUCCAUUGCCCUAACUCGGUUCCCAUGCCAUCCAGAGCCUUGCUGAGCUUAGGGACCACCGUCUACUUGGAAUCCGGUUGCGGUUGGGCUGUGUAGGAGGCUCUGGUUUCCUAAGAAACCACCUGAUUCUGCAUCACUCAAAGUC